AUGUCUCCGCAACUCAGCAGCGUCGGCAUCGUUGAUCUUCUCGAGGCUGAUCCUCGUCCGACCUUCAUCGUCGAUCUCACCAUCGCCGCCGGAGACUCGGAACAGACCUCCUCCAUCGCCUACUGCAAUCCCGCACUUUCGUCCUGUCCUGACCUGGUUGAGCUUGUUCAGUCUUCCCGCAGCCAACACGCUGUCCUCUGGGAGUGGAUCUCCGCCUCCUUCCUGCCCCCGAGUUUGACCAAGGCCCGCAGUUCUUCUUCUUCGGAUUCCCCCUCAUCGCCCUUCUACUAUGCAAGCGCGCAAUGGAGCAAGUGCUUGGUCCAGGGAAGGUGGCUGGUCGUCGGAACCAACGAACAGCCCUCAUCUGCCGAUCGUCCCCGCAAGAUCCGGCUCGAUUCUCAAAAAGGUAGCUUUGGUGUCUCCGGCAGCGCCAACAAGGUUGCAUCUUCCACUUUACCCAUAGCGAUUCCGCACCAUGACCGCCGAUCAGAGUCGUUAUGCGGACCAGGAACAGCCUCUGAACAUGAAGCCACGCAGAGGAUGUCUGUUGAGCCGGACUGGGUUUUACCGGAAAUUAUGCACGACCAAGGGCCCUACCUCAAAAUUCUUACCAGCAUCGAUUGGGCCUCGACCCCUCUUGGACCUCUCAGUACUUGGCCGACUCUCCUCAAACAAACACUCAACCAGGUUCUUGCGGAUUCCCGGCCGAUUGCAUUGUACUGGGGCGAACAUUUCACCACGAUAUACAAUGAGGCUUUCGGAGAGCUAUGCGGAUCGAAACACCCAGAUCUGUUGGGAAAGUCAUUGGAGGAUGUGUGGCUCGAGGCUGGUCCGAAGUUGAAGGAGAUCAUGCUCACAACCGCUCAGAAACGCCGUGGUAUCGUCGAAAAGGAGUGGCGAUUCUUCAUGGAAAGGACGGAUGAUGGCCCGGAGGAGACAUACUUGAAGUGGUCGGUCGUGCCCAUCAUGGAGGAUGAGAAAGUCUCAGGCUUCUUGCAUCCGGUACUUGAUGUUACGUCAGUGCGCCUAUGGGAGAGGCGGGUGAAGAUGCUCGUCGAUCUUGGUGACGCGCUGGCCACCGCCAGAGAUGCGAAGUCUUACUGGACCAAAACCAGCGAAUUUCUGGGCGCCGUCGAACCUCGAUACGAUAUUCCAUUGGCGAUUCUGUACUCGGUUCAGGAUGACCCAGAAGCACAAAGUGUCACUCAUUCACUCUACGGAUUUCCGAAAAUUUGUCAGCUCGAGGGCGCGCUGGGUGUGCCCGAAGGCCAUACCAUUGCUCCAUCUACUAUUUCGCUUCGAAACACUGAUCAGGGUCUCGCCUCUAUUUUCCGAAGUGCUCUGCAAGGCCAGUAUCCGCUUCUGCUUCAAACAAAGGAUGGCACUUUGCCGGAAUCCCUUAUUCAGGGCCUAGAAUGGAGAGGGUUUGGCGACGCUUGCCGAAGCGCUGUUGUCUGCCCUAUUCGGCCUACAAGAGAAGAGAACGUGAUGGGUCUUCUUCUACUUGGCUUGAACCCGAGACGGCCCUACGACAACGACUACCGGCAGUUUAUUUCACUUCUCAACCAGAAAUUGACUACUACUUUGGCUUCGACGGUACUAUUAGAAGAAGAGGCUCGAAGGGGGCGCAACAUUGUAGAGGAAGCUGCCUAUGAAGAGGCUAGAAUGAAGUCACCGCUCUCCGACAAGAAAAAGGAGGCAACGGAAUCACUGCACAAGUUCGAGGAGGUCGCAGAUUUCAUCCCGGUCGGCAUGGCUUUUCAGAACGCUCAAGGCGUCUUGACGAAGACCAAUGAUGCUUGGCAUCGAAUCACUGGUAAUCCCCAUCGAGAGACCGGUCCGUCGAUGGCUUUGAGAGACAUCCUCUCUUACAUCGUGGAGGAAGAUCGCCCUCGUGUCGUGCAGGCUUAUGAGCAUUUGCGCACGGAAGACAGCAUCACUUUCGAAUGUCGACUGAUCCGGCGCAACACUGUCAACAGCCCACCGCCACUGGUGAGAGAAUCUGCAAGCUUUGAGAAGGCUGGUAUCGAACUUCGGGGGAUUGACAACCAAGCAUCUGAACGCCACAUCCUUGCAGCUGCUCGAGCUGAACGUGCCUCAGACGGCAGCAUCCUUCAAGUGCUGACUUGCUUGACGGAUGUCACACUACACAGACAGACCGCCGAGGAGGCGAUACGCAGGGCGCAGCAGGCCGAAAAUUUGAAGCGCAUGGCGGAGCUGGCAACCGUCGGAAUGUACGAGAUGGACUUGGACGGCCAUCUUGUCGAGGCGAACAAUGUCUUCUUCCAGAUGUGCGGUCUCGAGAAGGCCGAUACAAGCUGGAAAGAAAGAGGCGUCAAGCCAUGGCAAACUUGCAUAGUGGAAGAGGAUUUACCUGCUCUACAUGAUGUCAUGAACAAGGUCACACACGAAGGCACGCCCCAGACGAUCGAGGUCCGAUUCAAGACGCCUUUGACAGUGAAGGACAGCCAAGGAACCGAAAUUGUCGUGCCGAGAUGGGCGUAUGGAACGUUCCUGCCGGUGAGAGGAUCAGACGGUGCAAUCCAGUCAUAUUGCGGCUGUGUGAGCGACGUAUCCCUGCAAAAGUGGCAACUCGAGCGAGAAAGGCUGCGCAAGGAGGAAGCGUUAGAAUCCAAACGGCAGCAAGAGAACUUCAUCGACAUGACUUCCCACGAGAUGCGCAACCCCCUGAGCGCAAUUAUCCACUGCGCUGAUGCAGUGAUUGCGUCACUUGGGAAAGCACUGGACCUGCAGCAGAGGAAGAUUGGCCUUACCAGGCAGAAUCCGUCGACAAAUGGCGGCGUUAGUGGCGGCGGCAUGCGCAGGGAGGAUGAACUACUGAUGGAGAGCAGCGUCGAGAACGCGGAGACAAUCAUCGCGUGCGCCCAGCAUCAAAAGAGGAUUGUGGAUGAUAUUUUGACUAUGUCAAAGCUAGACUCAAAAUUGCUGGCUGUGACCCCGAUCACCGUCGAUCCGCUCCAAAUAGCAAAGGAAUCGCUCAAGAUGUUCGAAGUCGAAGCUCGCAGGGUAGAUAUAGACCUGAGGAUGAAGGUCGACAAGUCAUACGAAGACUUGAGACUGGAGUUUCUUGACUUGGACCCAUCCCGCCUCAAACAAGUCCUCAUCAACCUUCUAACGAACGCCCUGAAGUUUACAAAGAGUGGACCCACGCGGAACGUUACGCUCACUGUCAGUGCAUCGAUCGAGAGGCCUACGGAUUCGACCUGCUCAGUGCAGUUUAUCCCUCGCUCACAAGGGCAUGAGUAUCAGCAGCCCCCGAAUCCGAGCGGCACCGAUCCCAUAUUCGUCACCUUUGAAGUAAAGGAUACUGGCCAGGGCUUGACUGAAGAAGAGAUGAAGAGCCUAUUCCAGCGAUUUAAACAAGCUUCAGCUCGCACACAUGUCAAGUAUGGAGGAUCAGGCUUGGGUCUGUUCAUCAGCAGGAGACUUUGCGAGAUGCACAACGGUCAGAUUGGGGUGGCUUCGCUCCCCGGAGUUGGGUCGACGUUUGCGUUUUAUGUAGAGUCGCGCAUACCCAGCGAGGCGUCCUUACGAGAAGCUAGGGCGACGGCGCGGACGGCUUUGAAGGCGACCAGCUUGCCCAUUACGAAGAGAGCUGAGUCCCUACAGAUAGGAACGGCGGAAGUACCCUUGAAGAGUACACCGAUUAAGACGAACGAUUCAGCCGCCACCGACUCUGAGUCCCCUGGCACAGAGGCGAGUGCUGAGCCUCCCAAAAUCGAGGGUGUCCUGGUUGUGGAGGACAACUUGAUCAAUCAGCAAAUCACGCGACGAGGCCUGGCUGACCAUGGUUUCACGGUCGAUGUCGCAAACCAUGGCAUCGAGGCCCUGGAAAAAUUACGUGCCUCUGACCGAUGGCUGGGAGAUGGCCCAAUCACGGCACCCGUCCCUAAUGGUAGUGCCACAACUAUUCCGCCGUCGACUGACCUGACAUCACCUACGACUCCGACCAAAUCAAAUGUCUCUGCCCCCAUCACGAGACUCAACCCCGCUGUCGCAGCCGAUCUCACGCCCACCACAACACCGAACAAGUUCCCACUGUCGCUCAUUCUCAUGGACAUGGAGAUGCCCGUCCAAGAUGGCCUGACCUGCACGCGACAGAUCCGUGAGCUAGAGCGGCAGGGUCGGAUUUUGGGAGGGAGCAUCCCGAUCAUCGCAGUCAGUGCAAAUGCGAGGCUUGAGCAGGUGCUCGAGGCCAAGGCUGCUGGCUGCGACGAUGUGAUGAUCAAACCGUACCGCAUGCCAGAACUGAUCGAGAAAAUGAAGGUUGUGGCCAUGCAGGCGGACCAGAAGAGCCGGGUCCCGACAGUCGAGAUGUCUGAAGCUACUGAAGCAGUGAACACUACAGGCACCGAUGGGCCCGGACCGCCGGAAGCUGGGUCAUGA